CAACACUCACGCUCGUUCAAUCUUCAAACUUGUUCAAAUUCGUGAUCUCACGAGUCUUCUGAACUUUCACUCACUCAUUAUGGAGUAUACUGUUGGAUGGUCUUGUACCUCUCUCACCCUAAAAGCUAGUUCAACGAGUGGGGUUUUAUCUCGCAAUUAUAAAUUAAUCACCAGCCCCUUCUACAAUCGAUGUGAGAUAAUCCCAACCUACAAAACAAAUCAAGUCCGAUUUCGACCAUGCCAAGCAAGUUCGCCGCAAGCCACAGAGAAGAUGCAUCAAAGGAGAUCUGCCAAUUACAAGCCUAACCUUUGGAAUUACGAAUUCCUCAAGUCGCUUGACAACAAGUACAACCACGUAGAAAGAAAUAAAGAACGGGUUGAACGGCUUGUGGAGGAUGUAAAGCCAAUAUUCGAGGAAGCAGUCGAUUCACUUGCGAAGCUAGAGUUGAUCGACAACAUCACAAAAAUGGGGUUGUCCAACCUUUUCGACAAAGAGAUGAAAGAAGCUCUUGAAGCAGUUGCAUCCACCAAUGGUUUCACCAUGGAAGGUCACGUCUAUGCUAGCGCUCUUCGAUUUAGGCUACUUCGACAGCAUGGUUACGUCGUUUCACAAGAUGAAUUGAGGAGCUUCAAAGAAGGAAGCAACACAUUCGACAGAAGCAAUCGCGAAGAUAUUGAAGCUAUGGUACAGCUUCUUGAGGCAUCACACCUGGCUUUGGAAGGGGAAAACAUUUUGGACGAAGCAAAAGCCUUCUCGACUGGGAUUCUCCGUGAGAGCCUCUCCGGUUUGGACGGUCAGCUCUCCGAGCGCGCCGUCCGUGCCUUGGAGCUUCCGAUGCACUGGAGGGUCCAGUGGCUCGACAUCAAAUGGCAAAUCGACUUGUACGAGCAACAGGAGAACAAGCGAAGUAAUCUGCUUGAGCUUGCCAAGCUCAAUUUCAACACGGUCCAAGCCACACACCAAAAAGAUCUUAGAGACAUAUUCAGGUGGUGGAGGGAUCUGGGACUUAUGAAACAUGUGGACUUCACGAGGGAUCGGCCGGUUGAGAGUUUCUUGUACGCCCUCGGAUUCUCUCAGGAACCACGGUUCAGCUCACUCCGAAAAUCUCUCACAAAAGUUGUCAUCUUCAUACUGGUGAUCGACGAUGUCUAUGACCUUUAUGGUUCGUUGGAGGAAUUAGAAUGCUUCACCCGCGCCAUUACCGGGUGGGACUCGGAGCAGAUUCAACAGCUUCCCGAGUGCAUGAAGGUCUGUUUCCGAGCGCUUCGCAAUGUUACAUACGAGAUCGCGUAUGAUAUCAGCAAGGACAAAGAUUGGCAUAGAGUACUACCGCAUCUCAACAAAGCCUGGGCUGAUUUUUGCAAAGCAUUACUUACGGAAGCAAAGUGGGACCAUUCGGGCUACGCACCCUCUUUGGAUGAGUACUUGAGCAAUGCAUGGACAUCAUCUUCAGGACCACUGCUCUUGUCUCAUGCUUAUUUCUUUGCGGGACACAUGAAAUUGGAGGAUGUUGCAGAUUUGCUGGAGAAAAACAAGGAUCUCAUUUAUAAUGUGUCCAUGAUAAUUCGACUCUGCAAUGACUUAAGGACAUCCAAGGCUGAAAUAGACAGAGGAGAUGCUCCAUCAUCAGUGGCGUGUUACAUGCGAGAAGCUAACGUAUCAGAAGACGUCGCUCAGGAGCACAUCAAGGGAUUGAUAGACAGAGCAUGGAAAAGCGUUAAUGUUCAUUGUUUCGGCGAUGACUUGACACCAUUUCUCCGAUCCUAUAUCGAUGUCACCGUGAAUGCGGCUCGAGCUGCGCAUAUGCUUUACCAAAACGGAGAUGGGUUCGGCACCCAUGACGCCGACACUAGACGGCAAAUUCUAUCUACUGUGAUCGAGCCUCUCGCUCUCGAUUGAGAUAUGCAAGCGCAAGUUCUAAUUAUCUAGUGUCUUAGGGUGUCCUAUUUAUGUUUUGUUUAAUGAAAACUCAAUUAACGGUCAGUCUAUUAUAAAUAUCUGAAGUUGC